UCGGGAAAGGCUGAAAAGUACCUUGUUUUGGUUCCGCCUUCCAACCCCUUCAAACGGGUUUUUAUUUAUUUUUUUAUCGAUUACCGUUUUCAAGAUAUAGGCCAUUGACAGAUUUCGGUGGGACACCCGGUAUAUGAAGAAAUAAUCAAAGACGCAAAUAUAAGACACGUGAUGUUAUAGAAAAAGCAAAGUGUGUUAAUUAGUAGUUAAUAUAGAAUAAACAGCGCAAGGUUGCAUUAUUUUUAGAUUUUGCAAUAUUUAUGCUUAAAACUUAAUUUUUGUUGUUCUAUGUAAGUAGGUAUAUAAUUUACACUACGUAUUCUGUUGUUCAAUAAACACUUUUUGUAGAUUUUCUUAUACUUACCGCUUCUGGGAUAUACAAUAUACAAUGUAUAUUUGAUUGCGAUUCCAGUUUUUUUUUUUUAUAAGGUAGGUAGGUACCUAUCCUGCAUUUUCGUGUAUUAAUUUUUGUUUGUUUCUAUGUUUUCCAUUUUCAAAGCUGCGACAUCCUGAGAGAAAAGAAAAGUUUUUGGGUGGCGAAUUCAAUUCGGAGGCGCGAGCGGUCAUUUGACUACAAACAAAAUAAGGUUCCAUUUUUGCAAAUUAUUCAAUUUCAUUAAAAUGAUUAAUUAAUGAUUUACAACUUGAUGAAGUGGCUGCAAGUAAUUCAAUUAUCUUAUCGCCUAUCAAUAUUAUAUCAUUAAAUAUUUGAACAAAUUAAAGUGCAAAGGGCAUCCUAUCAGUUUUAACAAAAUUAAACAAAUAAAGCCGGGUUUUGUUUUAACGGCUUGGUUUUGAACAACAAAAAAAAUGAUAAAUUAUUUAGUUUUAAUAGUUUUCUCAUUACUAGGAUCGACUUUGGUAAUAAUAGUGGGUAAAAUGUUUGAUAAAAAUCCUGCUCCAUUAUUUGGGGCAUAUCAAAAUCGUAGUGGUGUGUAUUGGAUUAAAGUCAUUUUUAUGUAUGCGCUUCUGUUACUUAAAAAGAUGGGACAAAAACUAACUAGGAAAAAUGAAGAAUUCUAUGAGAAAUUAGACAAUGUUCAAAAGCUUCCAAGCACGCCAAAGGCUGUUGACGCAGUAUAUUUCAACGCCGCUAACAAAAAUGGAGAUCAUUUAAUUGUGGGCACUGCCAGAAGACCCAAUAGAUUGAUCGAUGGAUUUUUCUAUCUAAAACUUCAAUCCUCGAAAUUUGGUUUGCUAGAAUCUCCCAAAAUUCCAGAUACAAGUUUGUUUAAUAGCGCUGCAGAGGAAAGCUAUGAAGCAGAUGGAAUCCAAAUAGCUUUAGUAGAGCCAAUGAAAAAAUGGAGAAUAUCGUUCAAAGGCAAUCUAAAAGAAGCUAACAAUAGACAACAAUUGCAUAAGGUAUCAAUUGACGCUCAAUUUACUUCGGACGAACCUUGUUUCAAUUAUGAAACUCAAAUGGACGAUUGGACAAUGGCUAAAUGCUUGGCCUAUGAAAAUUGGAGUCGGUCCUAUUUUAAAAAUAUGAAAAUGGCGCAUCAGCUUCAUUAUGAACAAUUCGGAAUUUUAAAAGCCAAAAUCACAGUGGACGAUGAGGCAUACGAAAUUGAAUUUGAUGCUGUAAGAGAUCAUACCAUUGGAAAGCACAGAGAUUGGGCCAGUUUUAGACGGUACGCCCUUCAUUGGGUCACUACGGAAAAUGGUGACCAUUUUUCAGUUGGAUCCGUAUGUCAGCCUAUCAAUUUUUCAAGGAUGCAAAUUGGUUAUAUGUAUAACGCCCUUGAAAGGAAGAUGUAUCCGGUAACUAACAGCACAUUUCAUCUGUAUCAGUGGGGUGAAAUGGGUAGUCCACCUAAAGAUUACGCGUUUACUUUUAAUGCUGGUAAAACUGAUUAUGCUAUGCAAGUAAACAUAUCUGAAGCCCCCUAUUUCUAUAUAAGUAAAAAUUGGGAAUCAAAAGUCUAUGAGUGUCUCUGCACGGUCAGAAUUAACGGCAUAAAGGGUUAUGGGGGUGUGGAAUGGGAUUACAGGAACGUAGAAGGACGAAAUGUGGAAGAAUAAAAGGACGUUAAUUGUACCAACUUCCCAGAUUUUUAAUUUUUAAUAAUUAUUGUAGUUAUGCACAAUUUUUUGUACUUUUUAAUAAAGUUAUUUCAUCUUCUUUUUUUUUUAUUUAGAGAAACGGGGGACACCUAAUAGGUACUACCAGUCAAAUAAAAAGACGCAUUUUCAUAAUAGGUAGUAAUUUUUAUUGUAAUUAAACAUUUGCAACUUUAUACAUUAAAUACGAAAUCUGAAAAUCCCUCUAUUACUUGGUCCUAACAAUUAUUAAAAAAGAGAAACCAAUAAAUAAAUAAAAAAAUAUUCAAAACUAACAAUGAAUUAAUAUCCUAUACAUGAAAAAUAUACAGAAGUUAGCAGCAUGUACUAAAAAGACACACACACAAUCGUCCCAUACAUUUCUAAUACUGAAUUAGGGGAAUAAUUUAUUAUUACAGAUUACAAAUAGAUAAAUUAAAUCACAACUCUAUUAUAGUGGCGGCUUGUGAUGAUUGAAGUAUAAGUUGAGUUUGCAUAUUCGUUAUGGCAGUUUAUGGUAAGCUAUCAAUGUUUCUUGGCUGUUUAAAAUUAUUUCACAACAUCCCAAAACCUAAAAGCACCAACAAUGUUUUGCCAAUAAAAAUUUCAAUUUUACAUUAAUUCGAUCCUCCCCACCUCAGAAAAAAAAAAUAACUUCUUAGCCACCACUAACUAACUCAAGUAUAAUAUUUUAAAAAAAAAACAAGACUAAUCAAAAAUAUUAUAAAUUAGGUAUGUAAUUAUGUAUGUAUUUGUACAGCCCUAUUAAAUAUUAUCGGAGAAAUUAUUUUGUGGGUACAUUUCAACAGUAAGUAUUUUCUUCUAGGUCUAUGUACCAUUUCGAUAAACCCUUCGACUUAGUAAUUGCACCUAUAAAAGAGCUUACCCGAAUAUUCAUAAUAGGUCUAAGGGUGCUAAAAUGUAGCAGCAAGUGAAGUCAAACGAAAAUUAGCUCUUAGAAAAAAUGUGUUUCUGGCACUGACAGUUUGAAGCGGCUAUUUCCUCAUUCCCCAUGAAUUAAUUUUCACACUUUACACAAAAAAAAAUUGUCAUUAAAUUGAAUAUAUCGGAAAACUAAAACAAGCGGAUUUCAGAUACCCAAUCUCAUUUUAUCCGAUCAGAGCAUUAUAAUUCACAGAUCUUGUGAGCUACGCUUCAAUAUCCUUAUCCCUAAUUUUAUCACUGGCGGCACAAAAAUUUGCUGAUGUUGAUGAUUAAACGCUUUUGUUGGUAGAUUAAACACGCAAAAAUUUAAAAAUAAAAGCUAAAAAAUCUUUUAUACAUUGAAAUGGUGGGUAUAAUUAUAAUGGAGACAAUUUGAAAGUGAAGUUCAAAACAUGAAAUCCCGUUUAUUCUUGAAAUUUUCCUGCGAAUUAAUUGUAACAGGAUUCAAAAUAAGUUUACCCGUGGAUUUCUUUCAUGAACGUGCGAAAACAUACCUAUAUGACUUAUGAGAAAUUUUAGUCAAGCAAAAAUUUGACGAAAGGCAAAUACAAAUUUUUGAUUUCAGUGAAUCUAGUAUACUUAUAGUUUUCGAGUUUGCGAAAAAGUCUCACAUGAAAAAAUGAGUUAGGCUUUUUUAAAUCCUACAAUAUACAGAAAAAUUGGGAAUAACGGUAUUUUGUGUUUUGUCCUCCUUGAAAAUUUUCAAGUGAUACCAUGGCACAGAUGGCCUAUAAAAAAAACCAGGCCUAAUUUCACUAAUGACAUCAUCGUGGAACUGCUCGAUAGCAUUAGAUGUUUUAAGGCUGACGAUCUGAUACAAACAAAUAAAUUCCAAAAUGUAUAAUAUGAUAUUUCAGUAAAUAAUUCUCUGUCAGAUAAUAUUUAAUAAAGAAAUACAAAUCAAUUAUUACUAAUGACAUAAUUACCACUCUGCGUUAAUAUGUAACUGAUCAAUACCAAUAAAAAUGUAGCGCCAUUGAUUCACAAAAGACAAAAUAUGCUUACAGUUUUAAUAAUGAAGUAUCUAUUUAUUUCGAUGCAAAAACUUUUUCAAUCUUUUUUUGCAGAAGUUAAUUAUAAUAUACUAUGCACAGUAAAAAAUCCUAGAUUAUAUAGUUAAUUAAUAAAAUAUGAGACAGAUCAACAAUAUGUGUAUACAACUAAUCUAUACAGGGGAUUUUGGAGGUACUCCAAUCAAGGCAAAUUAGAAGCAAUACUGUUUAAAAUCGUUCCAAUAUAGAGCCAUUUGUGAACUUGAUGUCGAGGUUUUAUGAUGAGUUUCCUUCAAGAUUAAACAAGCAAAAAUUCAAAAGCAUUUUAAAACCCAGUUUCCAUCUGGGAUGAGGUGUGGACAUCUCCUACUUUGGUCAAUACCAAGUUUUUUGUUUCGGUGAAGUUCAACGUUCAUGGCCCAAAACUAACCAUAUGUUACGUUAAAAUAUCUUCAUUACUCCCAGGUACCAGGUAGGUGGUAGGCAACUUUUAUUCACCUACAAUCAAACAGGUAAUGUUGACAGGCGACUUUAUUGCUGGUUGGGAAGCGUCACAUGACUCACAUUGCCUACUUCCGGCCGGCCCUCUCUUACCGCCAUGAAUUUCAUGAUGUGUCAAUAACAUUUUUAAUAACAAAACUUGUACAAAAAAUAAAUUCUUUUUUUUUAGUUAAAAAUGUAAUGAUAUAAUAAAAUAGUAUACAAACUUCGGUAAAAAGUGUCAUUCCUGUCCUCCGCGUCUCAGUUAACUAACUAAUCUCGCUAUAGGAAUGAAACGCUUCCCGCAUUGAUAUAUAUGUGUUUCACUAUUUUAUUCAAACUGGUAGAAGCUAGACUUUGCUACCAUGUCAAUUCAUUCAGAGAUCUUUUUCUAUAAAAAAAAAUACUUGUUUUAAAUUAAGUACCUACUCAGGGGGUUUUUUAAACUUUAUAUUUUUCUUUAAAGUAGGUAGGUAACACAACAGUCGUUUCAGUAACUAAAAAAACCGAGCUCGAUCGAUUUCAUUUUAAAGUGAUGUUGCAUGAAACGUAUAAAUUUUAUAGAAAGAUGUUUUGAAUAAAAAUGGCUGAUACGUAAUUAUUCUAUCGAAAAAGCUCUCCACAUGCAUGGGUAUAGGAUAUUCGGUUUAUGAAAUUAAACACACUUAAAAAAAUAAGUUCGGAUUAGUCUUCGGGAUAAAAACCCAAGAAGUAAAUUCCUCAGGAUCGAUGCAACCUGUUUGCAUAAACCGAAAACAUCAGCAACCUCACCAACAUCAACUUCAAGUUUAUACCAAAAUUGAACCAUUUGAAGAAGUACACAACAACCAAGUUGUCUCAAGUAUCUUUUUGGCGUAUGCCUGUCUCCUCAAUAACUGAGGGGAAAGGUUGGUUUAUUGAUGUUUAUUAUUAGAGAGGUGGCUGUCGAUUUUGUACAAAUUUUGUUUUGGAUGGAAGUUCUUCUCUCAAUUAUUGGAUGAUGAUACUGCUUAUCUGCCUGCCGUGAUCCUGUGAUGAAAGUCUUAAACAACCUGACAAAGCUAAGUGCUACCUAUAAAAAAGUGUUUGGCUGAUUUGCAGAAAUUUUAAUUUUUCGAUUGUCAAUCAAAUCAUACCGCCCAGUACACAGAUAGCCCUUUUUUACAACUUUGCCGGGACUAUUUUUUUUUUGUUUCUGCGCUAACCAGACCGACUCUUUUCUGUUUGUCAUCAUAAAAUUAAGUGAAGAUCAAAUUUCCAGUCAGAACUAAAAUCGUGACGGAAUGGAAAUACUGCUCCUAAACUAUUAGCAGCGUUUCUAAACAGAAAUGCAAAUUUGCCUUGUGAAGGAACUCCUAGGAAAACUCUACAAAAAAAAAAUUGCUUUCAAAUUAAAAGUUAAAAAUACACAUCUAAAUAAUUAAUGUUACCAAUAUAUAUUUCUGAUUCUAAUAAUAUAAAUAUAUAAAUUUUGACAAUAUUAAUGUAACAGAAUCGAGUCUUUGGUUUUUGGCAAACUCGAUAUUUUAAUAAACUUCUAUUAAUUAUAAUGCAUCAGACAAAUCGGUCUGAUCAUAAAAAUUUCAUAAAAACACAGCUAAAUGUGUGCUUUAGCAUGUCAAAUAACUUGAAGCAACUAGAACCAUUAUAAACAUAGACAGUAUCUAUAAGUAAAACCGCUCUUUGAGGAUUUCUAUAAUUUCCCAUUCCUUCUAUCUCGUGUGAGAUUCCUGAUACAUUCAUCAAUUACAAUCACCUCUUUUUUCGAAGUCACUUUUCCCUUUUCUGGAAACAAAAUUAUAAAUUGGGAAAAAAGGAGAAAUGUGAAAAUUUAGCACGCACUCAUAAUCUUGCAUGUUGGGAUUGGAAUUGACUAGAAAGAUUAAAAUAAUAUUAAGUACAUUUUCAUAAAGUUUAAUGCCUAUUCUAAAUAUAUCAACCAUCAAGAAAUCGAAAACAAUAAAUAAAAAAAUAAAAUUAUUUCAUAUAACUGAUAUUUUGAAGAAAAAAAUGUUUUCAUUAUCAUUCCUGAUUGUAAAGUGAAGAUGUAUUUCAUUAUACACAUGAAUUUUGAUAAGAUCCUUCGAGGAAGAUCUACUCUCCUUGAUUUUCAUUAACGAGGCAUUAGCUUUUCCAAAACUUCUAACACUUGCUUACAAACAAAUAAUUUACACGCAUUAUACCAUACCCACCCAAACAAUUCUUUUUAAUUUUCAAAACUCCUCGUUACCUAUAUAACACAGGCGAAAAAUCAGUUCGUUUCAGAGUUGCGACGAGCUUGUACUCUCAUCCUCUGAAUUACUAUCAACAGCAUCAGCAGCUAAUCUUUUAGGACUAGGCAAAGCUAAAAUCUCAUUUCUUUUGUCCAUUUCAUUGGGUAACGCUGGUAGUUGAAGGUCGACUUCGUUAUCGUCAUCCAAAUCCAAGUUAUCGUCCAAUUCUGACCUUUUAUCUUCAUGAAGGUACUUCGGACUACUGUUUUGAUUAUUGCCCCAUAAAAACACGUCAUCAUCUUCAAAAUUGGCAUUUCUUGCGGAAGACGAUCUGGGCUCUUCGCCUUCUUCUUUAUUCGUAGAGAGGGCGUUUGAUGAAGAGCUCAAGCUGAGCGGGUUUCUAAUUCUAGAUUUUUUGGUACACGGAGAUUUAGUGGGAGUAUUUUUUGGAGGUGUAGUGUUCCUGAAACUCCUUCUUAAUAUCCUGGAGGCUACAAGUUCGGGACUUUCAUCUAAAUCCAGCACAUAGCUGACAGAGUCAGAUUUUUCCACCACUCCCUUUACUAUUGGGGAAGCAGGCGGUGACAGUUCAUCCUCAAAUAUUGAGGAAUUUUUAGAUUUUCUACUUCCACUAGAAGUUUCAAAUGGUAUUCCUUUAUGAGAUGAUUCUCUGAAAGAAAAUGCUCUUUCCAAAGACUUUGAGGAAUUGUGUUUUUCGUUGAAACUUGAACUGUAGAUGUUCGAACGAUUAAAUACAGUUUCUUCAGCCUGCUCCAUAACUUUGGUGAAAACUUCCUUAUUUUGCCUCAAUUUCCAUUGUAAUUCCUCAUUAUGUUGGCUCAGCCUCCUGGUAUGGUGUACUUCUUCCUUAAACGAUUCAUGCAACUUUUGAUUUUCUUGUAUCAACGUUUGUUCAUAUUCAUAUUUUCGUUGAAGUUGAUGUUGCAAAUCUUCGCAUCUCGCUUGUAGCGCGGAAGCUUUAUCUUCGGCGCCUUCAAGAGUUUGCUGCUUUCGUCUUGCUUCUUCCAAUGACUUUCUUAGUUCAGUUAUUUCGUUUUGUUUUAAUUCUAGAACUACUCUCAGUGAGUAGACUU